AUGGACAUUCAGGGUUCUUAUUAUGUGAAUCCUACAAGGAGAGUUGUUGAAGAAUGGAAUGAUCUGAAGCGUGGCAUGAAAAUUGAAAAACAAGCAAAAAGUCUUACACAUAUCAAACUCAAGAUGUCUAAACUGCCAGAAUUCAUACCAUUCUUCACAUUAUUUAUUACCUUGGCCCAGUUUGUAACCUGUGGUGUUUUUUGCUAUCUUGGAGGCCUGGCUUCUCUUGGAAUAGAACCCACUGUAGAAUCAAGAGAUGGCAUACAGACCUUUCUAGGAACAGAAACAGUCCACAAGUGGGUUAUACCAAAUCUGUGGAUAGGACCAUCAGACAAAUAUAUAACUAGUGUUGGAGCAUUCUUUGCCCCAUGCUUACGAGAUGAUAUAGAACUGCAAAUUAAGACACUGGAACAGAAUUACAGUACUACAGAGCCUUUAGGAUGUUGUGAAAUGGCCAGCAGAAAUACAGCAGCUACAACUACACAGGCAGAAUGUCAACAUAUGACUGAUGACGUCGGUCUUUGGAAAGCAGGUAUAAAAUGUAGUGAAAGACCUUCAGGACAAAACAGUGUGUCUCACAACCUGAAGCCAUGUUGUUACAACCUUCAGGGUCAGUGUAAACUAACCACACAUACACACUGUGUAUUCUUAGGAGGGUACUUCUCAAAGCAUUCUGCAGAUCACUGUAGUCAGGUAAAUUGUUUAAAUUCUAUUUGUGGUAUGGGUGGAAUUUCAUCAAAAUCAGAUAAGCCAUGGUUACCAGACAAUCCAGCACAGUGGUGGAGACUGCCUCUUUCUAUUAUCUAUCACCAUGGCAUCAUUCAUGUUGUCAUCGUUGGGGCCAUUCAUUUCCUCAUCAUGAGAACUAUGGAGAGGUCUAUUGGUUGGCUGAGGAUAAUGGUAGUUUAUGUGCUGAGUGGAAUAGGAGGAAUACUGGCAGCCUCCAUAUUUGAACCACACUCUCCCCAUGUAGGUGCCACAGGAUCAGUUUGUGGAUUACUCGGUGUAACUGUGGUAGAAAUACUGUUACUAUGGAGAUUUAUAAAUAGACCAUUACUUGAAAUUUCCAAGGUUCUGUUUGUCAUUGUCUUGUUUCUUACAGCAGGAACACUCCAAUACAUCAGUAAUUACACCAUUAUCACUGGAAUUAUCAUUGGCUUGUGUUCAGGUGUGAUAGUCUUGCCAUUUGUAUCUUUCAGUAAGAUAUCACACAGGUCAAGGGUUAUUCUGAUUGGCUUUUGUGUCCCCCUUUUAGUGGUGAUAUAUUUUGUAUUACUUUAUGCAUUCUUCAAAGUUCAGUCAAUUACAGAUUGUUAUGCUUGUAAGGUAAUUAACUGUAUUCCUUACACGGAAAAUAUGUGUAGGGAUGACUAUGAAGAAUAAAAUUCAUUGUUCAUAUUCACACCUGCAUGUUUUAAUUGCUACUGAAAGUAUUUGCUUGUAUUCAUAACUUUACAUAUUGGCUACGAAUAAAAUUCAUUGUUCAUAUUCACACCUGCAUGUUUUAAUUGCUACUGAAAGUAUUUGCUUGUAUUCAUAACUUUACAUAAGGGCUACGAGUAAAAUUCAUUGUUCAUAUUCACACAUGCAUGUUUCAAUUGCCACUGAAAAUAUCUGCUUGUAUUCACAAGAAUAAAUUUCAUUGUUCAUAUUCACACAUCCAUGUUUUAAAUGCCACUGAAAGUAUUUGCUUGUAUUCAUAACUUUACAUAUUGGCUACAAAUAAAAUUCGUUGUUCGUAUUCACACCUGCAUGUUAUAUUGCUACUGAAAGUAUUUACUUGUAUUCACAAUUAAUCACAAUUUUACAUAUUGGCUAUUGUCUUCACUUGAUAUCUGGCUUCAUUUAUAAAUCAAUUAUUUAAAAAAAGUUUACCAGUUUGUUUCACACAGUGUGAGUUAACAGUUAUUGAUACAGGGCAGUAAUGAUCCGAUAAAGUUCAGUGACUCAUUAGUUAGUGUUUAAUGUCCUACACUAUAACUUAAUGCUCUUUUUAAAGUCGGACGAUGACCUUGCUCAAUGCCAUUAAAGUUUAAUAGAACAUGGGAUAACAUUUAUUUUAUUUUGAAAAAGCAUCGAUGUUUUGAAACCUAUGAUAAUAUAACCACAAAAUGAUCCUAUUUUUGGAUUUUUUAUCUACUGAUACUUAACAACUAACUAUUAAAGAUGGUCAUGUUUGCAGUCAACAGAAAUAGAGGCAAUGAUUUAAAAGAUUUGAAUAAAUUGAUUUUAUGGAUUUCAUUUAGUGACCUUGACUGUCCUCCAAUUGACCGUAGUAACUCUUCCACUACAGUACAGUUAUUCCUUAAAUGUUUGUCAUGAUAUCACACCAUUUUCUCAAUUUUUUAGUGCAUUUUCCUAUACUGUAAAUUCAGAAAUGAUUGUGUGCAUUUAUUAUUGUGAUUUUUUUAGAAUGAUAAAAAAAUGUAAGAUUAAUUAUUGCAAUUUCAGGAAAAUCUUCAUACAAAUAUAUGUAUACGAUAAUAGAAUGCAAGUUCUUAUUGGGAUACUCACCCAUGCAGUUGCAUUAUUCACAUUAAG